CCCACAUUGUGGGGUAGCGCGCGGAAAAGUCAAAUCCCACACUGCCAAAUCAUCCCGCGAUGGGAGUUCCCCCACACUUUUGACAUAAUUAUUAGUUUUCAUAUUUAGUCCGCACUCCUCCUCCUCCGAUUUCUACUUCUCCUUCGAUAUCUUAUCGCAAAGACCAUCGUCUACUUCCUCCUCCAUCAUGACUGCCUCAUCGCCUCUUCCCUUUGGGAUCUACGUCCCCUCCCCGACCUUCUUCCUCCCCAAGCAGGCCGCUGCCUACUCAGCGCUCUCCUCGCCUCUUGAUCUCGAGGCCCAGCUUCAGCACACGCUCAUCCUCGCCAAGGCUGGUAUUCACGGUGUUGUCCUUCUCGGAUCUACUGGCGAGGCCGUCCACAUCACCGUCGAUGAGCGCAAGGAGCUUUUGUCCUACGUCCGAAAGGGCCUCGACGCUGCUGGCUACGCCGAUUUCCCGAUCAUUGCCGGCACCGGCACAAACUCGACCGUCGAGACCAUUGCUCUUUUGCAGCAGGCCAAGGACUGCGGUGCAGUCUGCGGCCUUGUCCUUGCGCCUUCCUACUUUGCUUCUGCUGUCACUCAGGAAGGUCUGAUUGAGUGGUACACUCUCGUUGCCGACCGCUCGCCUAUUCCUAUCAUGAUCUACUACUACCCCGGCGUUUCCAACAACCUCUACAUCGCGCCCAAGACGUUCGAGAUCCUUGCCGCGCACCCAAACAUCGUCGGAACCAAGCUCUCGCACGGAAACAUCUCACACCAUACGAUCCUUGCCCAAAAUCCCAUCAUCAAGGCAAACAACUUCCACGUCUUUUCCGGUCUCGGACAGCAGCUGCUUCCCAUCAUGACUAUCGGCGCUGCCGGCGCAAUUGAUGCGCUCGCUGGUAUCUUCCCCAAGACUGUUGUUACACUCUUCAACCUCUCUGUGGCUGGAAAGAUCAGUGAGGCGCAGAAGAUUCAGUACCUUGUCUCCUGUGCUGAGGAGGCUGUUGCUGAACUUGGUGCCGUCGGCGUCAAGGAAGGUGUUGCCCGAUACCUCAAGCUCGGAGACAAGGAAGGUGGUCGUCCUCCGCUCGCCGGUGGUCUCUCCGGUGGAGACGCGGUCUGGGAUGCGAAGUAUAAGAGCGCAUUUGAUGCUGUAGCCAAGUUAGAAAGUACUCUGUAAGCUUCAAUGGAGAUCGAUUAGUUAUACACAGUUAACACAUUUGAAAACCCU